AUGUUUGAGCGGCUGCCGCACCUGAAGCACGUGCCGACACAAAGGCGCAUGCACCAUCUGCUGCACGCGGUCACACCUCUGUGCCUCACUGCUCCUCCCUCCGUCUCCCACUCUCCGCCGCCUGCACCGCGCGGCAGAGAGCGGCAGAGGCAGCAGGAGCGGCUGGAGGGGGAGGAGUCUGCAGUGUUGUUCUUGACGCUGUGGGCGGGGUCUGUGUUCCUCGCGGGGGGAGGAGCCAUGCCGAGCCUGCUGCUUCUAGCAGGGAUCAUGGAGAAAAACGGGGGAUUCUCCGGGGAUGUGGGCUCUGCCUUCGGGAGCGAAGGGCUGCUGUCUGCGCCUGAUGAAGAUGAGGAGGAGACCCGCGCGCUGAGGGUCGCUCUGGGACAGCUGUCUCUGCUGGGGCUGGGGGAAGGAGAGGACGUGUCUGUGCAGGACCGGAGCAACAACAACAACAAACAGCAGCAGCACAAGGCCCCAGCUCCGGGAGACCUGUACGAGCCUCCAGGAGGAGAGGGCAAGGCGCGCGGCUGCAACAUCACCGAGUGUGUCCCGGUGCCCAGCUCCGAGCAUGUGGCUGAAAUCGUGGGGAGACAAGGCUGCAAGAUCAAAGCGCUGCGCGCCAAGACCAACACAUACAUCAAGACGCCGGUGCGCGGGGAGGAGCCAGUCUUCUUGAUCACUGGCCGUAAGGAGGACGUGUCUCUGGCGCGACGUGAGAUCAUCUCUGCAGCUGAGCACUUCUCCAUGCUGCGAGCCUCUCGUAACAAACUGGGGCUGAGCUUCAGCGGCUCCCCGCCCACGCCGCUGCCUGGCCAGACCACCAUCCAGGUACGCGUGCCCUACAGGGUGGUGGGGCUGGUGGUGGGCCCCAAAGGCUCCACCAUCAAACGCAUCCAGCAGCAGACCUGCACCUACAUCGUCACACCCUCCCGUGACCGUGACCCAGUCUUUGAGAUCACCGGGUCGCCCAGCAAUGCGGAACGCGCUCGCGAAGAGAUUGAGGCACACAUUGCCUUCAGGACGGGAGGCCUCCACGACCACAACAACGAGAACGACUGCCUGGGCUCGUCAGGGGGCAGCCCCAGCAGCGGGGGCCUGGAGAGCCGCUUGCAGCAGGUUUGGAGCACUCAGCGCAAACCUCUGAGCUACAGGCAGAACUUCUGUGAGUCUGGAGACGCCGCCUUCACCAAGAACAGCUUCAGCUCUGGGGAAAAGUCCUGCUCCUACUUUGAGACGGACUCCAGCUGGGACUCGGACUACAAACAGGCCUUCUACACACAGCAGCGCUCCAAGAGCCUGGGUGGACUGCCCCUGCCUCUCAGAAUGUCCCCCAGCCUGGAGGCUCCGGCCAUGGCCCCAAGCUCCGCACACGCGCAGGCGCGCCGGGCCCACAGCGAGCCUUCGGGAGGGGAGGGCUUCCCCGGUCGCCUACCCCUGCCCGACUCGCCCCCGGCCUCCAUGAGGGAGUGCAUGACCUGCUUCGAGAGCAAAGUCACAGCUGCCCUGGUGCCGUGCGGCCAUAACCUGUUCUGUAUGGAGUGUGCCAUCCGCAUCUGUGAGCUGAAGAGCCCCGAGUGUCCCGUGUGCCACAGCGGCGUGACCCAGGCCAUCCGGAUAUUCUCCUAA